AACUAAAAAUGAUUACCACGAUGCUGAGACGUAAAAGAAGUUUGAGGAUCACUGAGAAAGCACGAGGAUCGUCGUGUUUCAUCAUUUGCCGAUUUUUAUGAAAUUAAAAGAACCAUGGCAUCGUUUGUGGUACCGGCUGCAGUAAGAUUUACUCGUGUCACGGUUGAUAGUUUACACAAUCUAAAUAAAAAUAUUUUAUUUAGGUUAUCUCAGCCAUCCUAUAUUUCUUGGCAGAAACAAGAAUAUAGCACAAUAACAGAACAGAAGAAACCUGAAACUGGAGAAUCACAGUCUCCAGUAGCAGAAGGUACAGAAAAUGAAAAGAAAUUAAAAGCAGAUCUUGAACUUCUCAAUAAGGAAUUAACAGACCUUAGAAAUUACAAAGAACAACUAGAAGACAAAUACAAAAGGGCACUAGCAGAUGGAGAGAACCUUAGAUUGAGAUUAACAAAACAAAUUGAAGAUGCAAAACUAUUUGGUAUUCAAGGUUUUUGUAAAGAUCUCUUAGAUGUAGCAGAUAUUUUGGGUAAAGCUACAGAAAGUGUACCAAAGGAUGAACUUACAGAAAAGAAUCCACAUUUAAAGACUUUAUAUGAAGGAUUAAGAAUGACUGAAGCACAACUACACAAAGUGUUUAAGAAACAUGGUUUAGUUUCAUUAAAUCCUUUGAAUGAAAAAUUUGAUCCUAAUCAACAUGAGGCACUAUUUCAACAGGAAGUAGAAGGUAAAGAACCAGGAACAGUUGUAGUAGUAUCAAAAUUGGGAUACAAACUACACGAACGAGUAGUAAGACCAGCACUAGUGGGUGUUGCUAAGGGAUAAAUUGCGAUUUUAUGCAAAUUGAUUCAAAUUGGAUUGGAUGAAAUCCUUCAAAGGAUAUCAGUGACCAAUGCUGGAAUACAAAUACUGUAAUAAAAAUUGAAAUGUAAAACACUUACCAAGUACAUGAAUGUUAAAAUAUUGAUAUUGAAACUAAGCAAAGUAUACAAAUUUUACUAGAUGCAAAUUUGUUUUCAUCAGUAGACUACUUAUUUUUUUUAUGAAACAAAGAAAAAUGUAAUAUAUAUUAAAAUUUUUCUUUUAUUAAUGAAAAUAGAUGUAUAUGUAGUUAAACAAA